AUGUCGUCCUCAGUGACUAUGAGCGCCUUGGCGCCUACCGCUACCCCGGCUAGCUCCUCGUCCCCCCUCGCCCUGGUGGGAAACGCCGUGCUGGAGACGCUUAAGGUCGUUCCCGGCGUGCUGUACUGGAUCAUCACCUUUACCUCCAUCACUCUUCCAACAUGGAUCUUCACGCUGGCCUCGAUGAGCUUGACCGUCACCAUGAACGCCACGACCUUGAUUGUCCUCUUCCUGGCCUUGGCCUCGACCAUCAGCUGGUUCAUACGCUACCGCUUCCUGAAUAUGUAUACUCGCUUGCCUCCGGAACCACAGCGCGAAGAGCCUCACGUCGAGGUGUUUCCGGACCCGCAGGAAAACGAUUCGAAGCGAGGCCUCUCAAACUAUCUGGAUGAAUUUCUCAGUGCAAUCAAGGUCUUUGGCUACCUGGAGCGCCCCGUCUUCCACGAACUUACGCGUACAAUGCAAACCCGGAAGUUGGUCGCCGGAGAAACAUUGCUUCUCGAAGAGGAAAAGGGCUUCUGCUUGGUAGUAGAUGGCUUGGUACAAAUAUUUGUGAAGUCUAGCCGAGAGGACCCAUCGGAAGCUGGGCCCUCGGAAGCAUCUGAGGAUGAGGACGGAGACGAUGCCGGGCACAAUCAGGGAUAUCAGCUCUUGACUGAAGUCAAGAAUGGCGCACCCAUGUCAUCCUUGUUCUCAAUUCUGUCGCUGUUUACUGAAGACAUCAAGCUGCGGCACGAUGAAGACGAGCAAGGGCUUGGUUCUGGUGGCCCCUCUAGCGCUGGUGCCAAUCAAUUCCAACCUCCCGAGCCAAACAGCGUCUCUGUUGGAGCGGUUACUCCCCACUCAGAUGUGGAAAGCCCUGUGCAAGAUGCUCCCAUUUCUCCUAGAGCAGACCUGAGCCGGGGUCGUGCUCAAGCAUUUAGCCCUCCACAAGUUGGUCACCUCAAGAGGAUCCCAUCCUUGUCCCUCGACACGAUGCAAGAAACAGAACAACGCGAGGAGAUGCGUAAAGCGGGUCUUUCUCAAUCACGCGCGAAGAAACUGAAGUCUGCUCACCCGGACAUUGUGGCGAGAGCUACGGUUGACACUACAAUUGCAAUCAUUCCAGCUACUGCCUUUCGGCGUCUUACACGCGUCUACCCGAAAGCUACAGCACAUAUCGUGCAAGUCAUUCUCACGAGGCUACAACGUGUGACCCUGGCUACGGGUAACAACUACCUCGGUCUGACAAGCGAAGUCCUAAGGACUGAACGACUUAUGAACAAGUACACGACUUAUGACCUGCCUGGAUUCUUGCGAGACACUGCAUUAGAGCGGCUGAAGCAGAAAUUCACAAAGGAACGAGAACGGAUUGGAAGAGAGGAAGGGAUGAAGGGCAUUGCUCUUCAUAAUCCAGGCGCUACCCGAGCUAGAAACCCUAGCAGUAGCCUAAGAAAGGAAGUUAUGUCUCAGGCUAGGUUCCCUGCGGGUCGUCCUUCGACGGGUACCGUGGUGGAUCCAGGGGUACGGAGGGUGUCGACCAUGUUGAGCCCAGGAGAAGGAGACAGGAGCGGGGUGAGCGCAGGUGAUCUAUUGACUAACCAGUAUCCACCACGGUCGGCUGGUUGGCAAGGGCGUAUGAACUUCUCUCAACCAUUUGCCUCACCAGCGCCUGCACGACGGGAUGCCCCGACUCCAUUGGACGCUGGAAAUUUUAAUCCUUUCAACUCUCCUAGCGGACGCAUACCUUUGCAACGCCAGGAGUCGAUGGAUGAGGAUGCCUUUUUCCGUGCAUCGGUCCUUGAUUGUAUGCUGAAGGCUAUCGGUCUUACAAAAGCCGAAACACCGCUGGGGAAACCGGACUCCGUUGAACAGUCGCCUCGUCUUGUUUCCUUUGACUCAAGACGACAGAAGGCUGUUUUCAGCAAUGUAUUCGGCUUCAUUGACCCAUACGAAGCUUCUAUAGAUGCCGAAACUGAAUCCGCUGCGUCAGUUCCUCUGUCGACUGCUAGUGUGAGCAACUCUCGCAGUAUACAUGAGCAACUUGUCAACGACGUCGAAAUUGUAUUUUUCCCUAAAGGAUCCGUUCUAGUUGAGCAAGGGGAGCGCAAUCCAGGCCUUUACUAUGUCAUUGACGGGUUCCUCGACGUUGGCAUGCCGGUGGAUGGAAGCAGCAACGAUCACGAUGUGCUUGGCACAUUUCCCGACUCAGCUGGGCUUGCAGCUUCGGACCUCCUGGGCGAAUCUCUGCAUAGGAUCCCCACUGGAUCAUCAGCAACUGGGCCAACAAGCGAGACUGGCAAGAAGAAAAAGCAGCACCGCAGGAGCCUUUUCCUUACUAAGCCUGGUGGUCUCGCUGGCUAUUUGGGUACCAUUUCUUCGUACAGAUCUUUCAUUGACGUCACCGCCAAAACGGACGUAUAUGUGGGUUUCUUGCCCCGCGCGUCUAUUGAAAGGAUCGUCGACAGAUAUCCAGUGGUGCUCCUUACUAUAGCUAAGAGACUGACGACCCUGCUGCCUCGCCUCAUACUGCACAUCGAUUUCGCCCUUGAAUGGGUUCAAGUCCAUGCAGGACAGAUUAUCUACAAUCAGGGCGAUGAAAGUGAUGCCAUCUACAUUGUCCUUAACGGCCGUCUACGAGCUAUUCAAGAAACGGAAGAUAAAGGCAUGAUGGUAGCCGGCGAAUAUGGCCAAGGCGACAGUGUUGGUGAACUAGAAGUCUUGACUGAAUCUAGCCGUCCGGCAUCGUUGCACGCUAUUCGAGACACUGAGCUUGCCAAGUUUCCGAAGACGCUUUUCAACAGCCUUGCCCAGGAGCAUCCGGGUAUCACCAUCAAGAUAUCAAAAAUCAUAGCGUCGCGCAUGCGCACUUUGAUCGAUGAUCCACUCCAUGAGCAGAUGGCGGAACGUACCACGGCUAUCAAGAGCAACGUCUCGUCGACUACCAAUUUACGCACAGUUGCGGUCCUUCCAAUCACCUCGGGCAUCCCUGUCGUCGAAUUUGCCGGCAAACUGGUCAACGCUUUUACCCAGAUUGGCACGCCGAAUAGCGUGGUGUCCCUCAACCAAGCAGCUAUCCUCAAUCACCUCGGACGACAUGCUUUCAGCCGCAUGGGUAAGCUGAAACUGUCACAAUACCUUGCCGAUCUGGAACAAAAGUAUGGAAUGGUGUUGUAUGUUGCCGACACUAACGUCAAAUCACCCUGGACUCAAACAUGCAUCAGCCAAGCCGAUUGUAUCCUGCUGGUCGGCCUAGCCGAAGGCUCUUCCAACAUUGGCGAGUACGAGAGAGUAUUGCUCACAACGAAAACUACGGCGAGGAAAGAGCUUGUGCUGCUGCAUUCUGAGCGCUAUUGUCCUCCUGGUCUUACGCGGAAAUGGCUGCGCAGCCGCCCGUGGGUCAAUGGCAGCCAUCACCAUAUCCACAUGUCUUUCCGGACAACACCGGAGCCUGUGCAUCCUCAACAAAGGCGCUUUGGCACGGCCCUAAAACAGCGCGUGCAAGUCAUCCAGGCAGAAAUUCAAAAGUACACCUCGAGGCGCGUCAGACAAACUCCACUGUACUCGGCGGACACUCCUUUUAAGGGAGACUUCCACAGACUGGCACGUCGGUUGUGUGGCAAGACGGUGGGCCUUGUGCUCGGUGGUGGUGGUGCUAGAGGUAUCGCUCAUGUUGGUAUCAUCAGAGCAUUGGAGGAGGCAGGAAUACCCAUCGACAUCAUCGGAGGCACUUCGAUUGGCUCUUUCAUUGGUGCGCUGUAUGCUUGGGAUGCCGACGUUGUACCCAUGUACGGCAGAGCAAAGAAAUUCGCCGGUCGCAUGGGUAGCAUAUGGAGGUUUGCUUUGGACCUCACAUAUCCUUCUGCCUCAUACACCACCGGCCAUGAGUUCAACCGAGGUAUCUUCAAGACAUUCGGCAACAGCCAGAUUGAGGACUUCUGGCUUGAGUUCUACUGCAACACGACCAACAUCUCAAAGUCUCGUCAAGACGUGCACACAUCUGGCUACGUAUGGCGCUACGUACGAGCGUCAAUGACUCUAGCCGGUCUUCUGCCACCUCUCUGCGACGAGGGAAGUAUGCUGGUAGACGGCGGAUACAUCGACAACCUGACAGUUGCGCACAUGAAGAGCCUCGGCGCAGACAUAAUUUUCGCCGUCGACGUAGGCGCCCUAGACGACAAUACGCCACAGCAGUUUGGCGACUCGCUAUCGGGAUUCUGGGCGCUGCUCAACCGGUGGAAUUUCUUCAGUUCGUUCCCGAACCCGCCGACGCUGUCGGAAAUCCAGGCGCGCUUGGCGUACGUGAGUAGUGUGGACGCGCUGGAGCGGGCGAAGAACAUGAAGGGAUGCAGAUAUAUGCGACCGCCGAUUGACGGAUACGGCACACUGGACUUUGCAAAGUUUGACGAGAUCUACGACGUGGGGUACAAGUACGGCAAGGAUUACUUGGCGAAGCUGAAGGAAGAGGGCGACCUGGGGACGCCGGAGGAGGGGGAGAAGCAGAGGCAGCUGAGGCGGACGAUGGCGCCAAGAAGGGCUAGUAUCUGA